GAGGUGUCGUUGUAAUUUCGCUGACUUGACGCACGAAGCUGGACCGCGGCACAUUUUUGACAACGGAAAUGAGGAGUCGCCACUUUUUUUCUGCGUGAAGUUCGUGGCUGAAAGUUUUCAUUCCUCUUUUCCAUUAACUUUGAGGAACCGUCGCGUGCACCCACAAUGAGAGAGACAGCGACGAGCUUUUUGUCACGCUGCUUCUCCUCUGGUGUCCAGUUUCUGUUGCUCCUCUCCGACGUCGUUUUGAGUUACUUUACAUGCUUCUCGACACAUUUCCGUUAUGCGAAGUCCAACUUGUUGGUUAGUUGUCGUGCUGCGGUGGGUUUCCAUCCGAGAUAACGGAGAAUGAUAAUGAUAGACUGCAGGCCGUGGAGAGACGUUUUGUCAUUGGUAGCAUGCAGGACAGCUGGAAGGAUGCUUGAUGUGAUUCUCAACCGGUCUGGUUACUGCAAUGAAUGGUAACACUAUCCAUCCAGCCAACACCACCACAACAGCAGGAGGCCCAGGCUUGGCGGCACCCCCGAGAGGCUGGAGGGAAUUCUGCGAGCUGCACGCCAUCGCCACAGCCCGGCAGCUGGCCGGACACUAUCAGAGCUUCGCCAGAGAGCGGCCACAGCAUGACGUGCUUCCACCAGAGACCUUUUCCAAGCAAUUCACAGACCUCUUCCAGCAGCACUUUUGCUGCGAGGUCGACAAAGACAGCACACCGCUCAGCCAGAACACAGGCUCUAAUGCUGCCAGCAGUGCUUCCUCCACCACUCCAGCGUCUUCCCUUCCAUUAGAGGGUUUAAUCGGCCGAUUGCGGAUAACUUCAUUGUCAGGGGUGCAGGAUUACCGGGAGGCAGGCCGCCCAAGUGGAGGAGCUGCUCCGUUUACUGUGGUGUCACCAAAAGUUGAGCCUGUGGUGUUGAGAAGAGAGCAGGAGCAGCCCCUGAGAUGUGCUGCAGGAAGCUCUUUAUCAGGAAGCCCGGCGGUUCUCAGGGGGUCAAACCGUUGUAUCGGCAGUGGGUCUUUUCUGAUUCGCAGCCGCAGCAACGAGGAGAUCUCUGGCACGGAUCGCCGGCAGGUGUCUGAACGGUACUCUUCUGAUUCCUCAACCUCCAACCCUGGACAUACUGAAGUCACACACUUUUCUGUCAGUCAAAUUAGGCAGACUGUGAGACGCCUCCUCAAAAAACGGCCCGGUUCCAGCCCCCCCUUAUCCCAGGACCUGUCACAUAGCAACCCCACUACUAACAACAACAGCAACCCCCCAAAUAACGCUGACAGAGUGGGUGGCAUUUCCUCCACUAAUGAGGAAGUGUCAUCCUCCUCCUUGUCCUCCCGGUCUUCCUCUUGUCCGAACUCUGAAGCCCUUCUCCCAUCUUCUUCACAAGUGGCAGGGGUAGCCUCUCACUUCCUGGAUCACUUCCGUUGGUUACGUGGUGGCAGCAUGAGGCAGAGGAGGUCAGAGGGGAGUGGCUGUUGUAAAGAGGGCUCACUGAGGUACUUACUGGUGGAUGACACUAUCUCAGACUCUCAGCCUCGCUGGCAACGCUGCCGCCUGCUGGUCAGGAGGAUCAGGGACACUCAAGGAGGAGGAGGAGGGAGAGGAGGAGGGGAGAGGUACCAUUUGGAGCUCUAUGAUCCUCCAAAGGCUUCCAGUCCUAAGCUGACAACUCGCUGCUCAGAUAUCCAAGAAGUCCGCCGUUGCAACCGUCUGGAGAUGCCUGACAACUUAAACACAUUUGUUUUAAAGGUUAAUCGAGGUAGUCUGAUAUUUGAAACAGACAACGACCAGCAGGUCAGCUCCUGGACCACAGAGCUAAAAGAAUGUAUCAGCAACAGGUUAGGCAGUGUGGAUCUGGAGCCCCUCCCCUCCCCAGCUGACAGCUCUGCUCCAGCCAAUCACAGGGGGAGCACCGAGUCAGGAGGUCAAAGUCCUGUCACCUUCACCCUGCCGGAGCAGCCUGUCCAGAAGGCUGAUCACUUCCUGUUUUCUUACCCCUGGUUUCACGGGCCCAUCUCCAGGGUGAAGGCAGCUCACUUAGUUCAGAGCUCUGGACCCGAGGGUCACGGGGUGUUUCUGGUCCGACAGAGUGAGACACGAAGAGGAGACUACGUCCUCACUUUUAACUACCAGGGAAAAGCAAAGCACCUGCGCCUCUCUCUAACAGAGUGGGGUCAGUGCAGGGUUCAACACCUGCGCUUCCCCUCCGUCAUGGACAUGCUCAGUCACUUCCGCCUCUUCCCCAUCCCGCUCGAGUGUGGAGCAGCCGGGGCCGUGACGUUGUCCAGCUUCGUGGUAGCGGGCUCCAGCCCUCCGUCACAGGGUCAGCUGUCAGGCACUUUCCUCGUCCCGUUCUCCCUCCACAGGUGGAGUUCUGAGCCCAGCCUGGCUCACUGCAGCCUCGCUCGCAACUCCGCCCCCAGCACCACCUCCAGUCCCAGCUCUGCGUCCCAGCCUGGGAGCCGUCCGUCUACUCGCCCCGCCCCUGACCCUCCACCUUCUGUUCCUGCUCCACUGCGUAGGAGUGAAUCUGUGGGGAGGAGACCCCUGCUCCGCCACCAUCCCAAUCCUCAUCUCCCUCAGCGGGACUCAGACUACGAGCUGGAGCCUGAUCGAGGGCGCAAGCGGGCCAUAGACAACCAGUACAUGUUGCUUUGACCGACAGUCAUACUCCUCCAUCACCUCUGACUGACAGCUGUCACACAUGAUCAUGCACACAUCAGACACACAAUUUUUUAAUCUGCACCUGGCUUCAUGUGGGCAAUGAGACUCAGAGAUCACAGGAUGCUAACGUGAUCACCGCAGACUCAAGAACAUAAGUGGGAAAGUCUGUGAUUGGUGUGUAGGUUUGUGUGUUUGAAAACUAACACUCCCUUUGAGAGUGUUAGGAGAGUCUGACCCUCUCAACCUCCAGCCUGAGCGUCCACAGUGAAUGUAUUUUGGGAGUUUUCUAGCCGUGUCGACCAUGACGACGACGACGAGUCUUUCUGAUGUUGAGGGAGAGAGGAGGCACAAGAAGCUGUCCUCCAAAAGAAAGUAUUUUAAAAUGUUUUUAUUCCUCUAAACUCAUUGAGGUAGCGCUUGAUUUAACAUGUUUGGCACUUAACCUUUACUAAUGGGAAGUAACAGCCUGUGAAAUUUGUUAAAUCAAGUGCUCCAUUCAAAUAUUUAUAAGUCAUUUACUCUUCACACACAGGCCUCUGUGUGGAGCACACUCCCACCUUUUUGUACAAACACAGAUAAAAAAGCACUCUAUUUUAGAGUGACACACUCUAUUAGAUAGUCCUUCUAUUGCUAUUAUUAUAUAUUUAAGUGCUCAAUGCUUUCAGUGCACUUUUGGAAACAAUGUGUAUUUUUUCUAUACACAGAUUCUUUUCUAGAAAAGUCAGAAAAUGAGAGAAAAAAGUUGGUUAAAGUCAGUGGGAAGCUCUUACAAGAAACUGAUCUUCUUUGACCACUCUUACUCCAAAACUUUGCUUUACAAACCUAGAAAACAACAGUAAUUAUCUGGAUCAGCUUUCAUCAGCUGUUUUUACCAAAAGAAGCUGAAACCUGUUGCUGUUUAUGUCUUUCAAGGAGUCCAUGCGAUGAUUCACAUCAGCAUCAUUCAGCAUGUUUACAUGCACUAAGAAAAAGUCAAAUUAUUGUUUUUGACUGGAACAUGGCCUUUAAAAUGUUUGUCAGCAUGUUAGUCCAACUGUGUACGCCUAAAUCAGAACUAAAUUAGACUAGGUGUUCUGAGCAUGCUCCACAGUUCCUGUGCCAGACUUUGACCCAAAAGUCAAAGAUCAUAAAUGCCAACAAUGGCAGAAGUUGUUAUCAUCAUGAGCUAAAGGGAUCGUGUGUAUCAUAUUUGUACCAAAAGUAAAGCACAGAUUAUGCAUGAAAUAUACAGAGCUGUAAACGUCCCAGUUUACCGCUCACUGACUAGUAAGUACGCUUAACAGGAAGAAGGUCGACAGGGACUAGCUGAAAGGGGGUGUUAUGCCAUGCUCCCACCAUGAGCCUUUCUUUAAAUCCAAUAAUUUAAUUGUCCCGUUGUGCAUGUUCACAUGGAAGAAAACAGUAGUCCAGUUUGGUAGCCAAAUCAGGUUCACUGGGCAUUUAAUCGUGCUGAGGAUGCUGAUGUCAGUCCGGUACAAUACUCAACCAAAAAGUAUGAAUAUCCUGCUCCAGUUCACACUGAGUUUUCUUUAAGCAUCUUUAUAGUGUCACAUGUUUCAUAUCAAGCAUUAGAUAGCAAAGGCAUUAUUUGAUCAGAAUUUACUUUGGGAAAUGGAUUUAUGCAACAGAGAAAUCCCCAAAGGUAGAUUUUAUACUCAGAAAGCAGAAACAUGCUUCCAAAUAGGAAACAAAAACACUCGAAUCCAAAGAGUGCAAAAAGAAAAUCCACUCACAAAGUCAGAAGUUGAGUUUUUGACAAAUCAACAUGAUUUGUUCUGUCAGUUUUUCAGAUUCUCCUGAAAAGAUCCAAAAAUUUUGGUUUGAAAUCUUUCAAAAGUGGCUUGAUACCUUAGCGUCAGAUCCUUUAAAAGGCUUUUAAAGUAGACGAAGACAUGAUGCAACUCCAAACACACAAGUGCCUCUGUAGAUAUUAACAUUUUAUUUUCUUACAGCUUCAUCAGGCUCUGCCUGUGUCUUCAUGUCCCCAGUUCUACUUUUCAGCACUUGCAGCAUUAGUCAUUCCUGGUUUUUAUCUGUUCACUUUUAGCACAUCAGCCUUUAGGAAAAGGAUGGUCUAAAAAAAAAAACAUUUGAGUUUUUGAAUGUUUUUGAAGAGAAGCUUUAUCGGUGAUCAGACAUGAUUCCUCUUUAUAGCCCUAUUCACACCUGCACAAAACUCAUUUCAUAAAUUUCUUAGGGUGAGCUGCAUGUGUUUCACCCAGACUUUACUCUGCAGUUUCCCUGCUAAGAGCCCCCCCCCCUCCCCUUGCCUAACAUGUAAAGUGCAGAAGACUUGUCCCUGUUGUGAGGGACCAGUGUGAAAAAGCAUGUCAGGAAGUUUUCUGGGAGCGUUACUCUGACACCUGGUUUGCACUUUGCUGACAAAUCUUUUCCUUUUCCAUAGUAGCCUUCACCUUUGUGAGCACUACAUACCUGUGCAUGUGUGAAAUCUUUGCUUGUACACAGGAAACCAUAACAGAUAAAUACUGAGCAGCAGUUGAUUGCAAACAAGAGAGAGGAGACACUGGAGGAGCGGAAUUGAAGGCUGCUGAAUCAGCUAAGGCAGAGGACAAGGUUUUUUCCAUGCUUCAGCCACUGACGGAAGUGCACUUCUGAUGUUUUUGGAUGUCAGCAAGUAGAUUCGACAAUCUGUAGACAUAAAAGUAGACACUUUUAGAGACUGGCAGUCAGUCGAUGCUACCCGGUAGACCAAUCACAGGGCUUAUAGUCUGAGUUUUGACUCAGUUACAUUUUAGAAGAAGUAAACGUCAGCUACUUGUGUAGGCUUCUGUCUAGGAUGAGGGGUAUGCAACCCGAAGCUGUAUGACAAGGCACAGAUUUGACACAGAAGUACAUAAAUCUGGCUUGAGAGUGCAUGUGUGAAAAGGGCUUCUGCCUCCCUUCAAGUGGAUUCUAUAACCAAUCAUUUGGGGUGCCUUCUUAUCAAACCUUGAACGCCUGUUCAAAGCUGCACUUACUUCUGCAAAUGCACAACACUCAACUCAGGUCUGACUUUUAGUGUCAAGAGUUACAUUUUUAUCAGAGAUUGUAUAUGAGAAUACAUGAGCUCUUACCAAAGCAAGUCAUUUUCAUCCUAUCACCAGAGUGUUUGUGGUGUUUCCUUUUACCUGUCAACUCUCAAAAACGUCCAGGAAAUAUUUCAGAUGAUGUCGUCUCCACAGUGACACCAGCUUUGUCUCUCAAGGGGACAGAGAAUAACAGAGAAUUUCCUUCAGUGACCACUUUUUCACAUUAAAUCAGUAGUUUUUGGCAUGCACCAGUGACCAACUUUCUGUAAUUUCUUUUCAGGCUUGUCAGCAUGCUGACUGGCGUGUUUGUCUUCUAUCCUUGCUUUAACACUAACUUUAGCAUUUUUAUGAAGAUUGACCUUCAGUGCUUCAUGUACGGCUUUUGAUCUGAUCUUUAAGACCAUAGUUUCUUUUUUUUGAUCAGGGAUAUGCUACUUAAUUUCCUCAUGAACAUGACCAGAGUAAGUUUGCUGUGAUGGCGUCUGUUGUUAUGCAAUAAGUCUGCUUUUGUGUACCAAAGGAACAUUUUUACAAUGGUUGUGUAGUUUUGUUUUAUAUGUCCUCAAGAUCAAGACUGACAUCAUUCAAGUGUUUGUAAGGGGAACAAAAACAAAGAUGUUUUUGGCAAAAGUACGGUUGGUCUUCCUGCCUUUAUAAGGCUGAGUCUUUACAAUUCCCUGGACACGUCUGUGUCUCGUUUCUGCUAAAGGAAAGCAACGGUAAAAAAUGAUUAUUUUGACUAUUAGUCCCCACUUUUUUGCUGAUUUAUUUUCUUACUAGGGAGAAGGACUGUGCCUUUGCCAGAAAGCUGCUGUUGCUUUUCCCCUUCUCAAAAGGUCAGGGUGUGAUGUGGUGUAGUGCAAUAUCAGAGAGUCCCCCAGUGCUUUACACCUUUCUGUGUAUGUAGGGAACAAUCAGAGGCGUCAAGAUGGAUGAAUUAUUAAGGAAGAGUUUAAUGUUUGCACCUGCUCGGAAACUGAAGAAAAUGUUUGAUAAAUACCAAAAGCUAAUCUUAAAACCAGGGCUAGCACAUUUUUAGCUGCUUUAUGACUUAUGCAUCUGAUUCAUGGUUCACUCAUUUCUUUUCCUCAGGUGUCAGUGUUACCUGAAAUCACUCCCCCCUGUGUUUUAUUUAGAAAUGUCCAGUUGAUGAAUAUAAUGUGUUCUCAAUACUGUUCAUCCUGUUUGUUAACUUUUAGCACUGUAAACAUUCCAGUUCAACACAACAAGGCCUCACCAGCAAACAAAAUCACAACAGCUUUAAAAUCAGUCAUUGUGUUCGCAUCCCUUUCAGUAAUAAGCAUCUAAAUUAUAUUAAAUAUAUAUCAACUGUAUAUUUGACUUUUUUGUAAAAUAAACCUAACCAAAAAAGUUCCUCAGUCUGUAAUGAUUCAUUAUUCAUCUUCAUGUUCUCUUGUCUUCAUAGAGGAAUAAUCUUCAUCAUGUGAUGUAAUCUGUAGUAGUCCUAUCAGCACAGUUAAAGUGAUAGCUGAAGUCAUACAAAAAUAGAAACUCUAGGAACCCACGCUCCCAUUGAUUACUAUGGUGUUCAAAAUUCAAAGUCCGAGAAAAAACGAACAGGAGCGCGGAUCAUCACCAAAAUCUAAUCGAUUCUUUCCUGUCACUAUCCCAGUAUUCCCUGAAAGUUUGGGGAAGAUCUGACCUUCUGUUCUCGAGUUAUCUUGUACACAUACAAACAAACAAAGAAACAUACAAACAUGCAGAACCCUGAGAGCACAGAUGGUCGAGUGGUUUAGAGCGCUACCCAUGUGCACGGGUGGCCCAGGUUCGAAUGUGGCCUGUGGCCCCUUACCGCAUGUCUCUCCUCACUCUCUUCCCUGUUUCCGAGUCUAUCC